GCUGAACGUGACCUCUGGUCACGCUGAAUCGAAGAAGAAAAAUAGAUAUUUUUUCCAGCGUCAUUUGUGCAUUAAAAUUGGUAAACAAGUAAACAAAAAGAAACGAUUUAGAAACAAAAGAAGGCCAGAGAAGUCGGGAAACGGAAAAGCCCAGAACCCAGCUCAAUUCGACGCAGAUCGGUGUUCGAGAAACGGCCUCAAGAUUGGCAAGAUACGCAAGAGCAAGAAAAUGAGCUACAACGAGAAAUCGGAGGCCAUCGGCAAGGAGGAGUGGCUGCAGCGCCUGGAGCAGUUUCCCUUCAAGCAGGCGGACAUGAAUCGCCUGAUCAUGAACUACUUGGUGACAGAGGGCUUCAAGGAGGCGGCCGAAAAGUUCCAGCACGAGGCGGAUUUGGAGCCCAGCGUCGAGCUGAGCAGCCUGGACGAGCGCAUCCUCAUCCGCGAGGCCGUCCAGGCUGGCCGGAUUGAGGAGGCCACCCAGCUGGUCAAUCAACUGCAUCCGGAGCUCCUCGGCAGCGAUCGCUAUCUGUUCUUCCACCUGCAGCAGCUGCAGCUAAUCGAGCUGAUUCGCGCCGGGAAGGUGGAGGAGGCCUUGGCCUUUGCCCAGAGCAAGCUAUCCGAGUCCGGCGAGGAGGCCAUGUUCGAAUUGGAGAGGACCUUGGCCUUGCUGGCCUUUGAGAAGCCACAGGAGAGCCCCUUUGCCGAUCUGCUGGAGCAGUCGUAUCGCCAGAAGAUCGCCAGCGAGCUCAAUUCGGCCAUCCUGCGCUGCGAGCACAGCGAGGACUCGACGCCCAAGAUGAUGUUCCUGCUCAAGCUGAUCUUGUGGGCCCAGUCCAAGCUGGACAGCCGCUCGAUUAGCUAUCCCAAGAUGAAGAACCUGGAGACGGCGCAUCUGGAGCCCAAGUAAACGGGAAAUUGUUCUCCCCUAAUAUUCUUUUGCUAAUGCUAUUGCUAUUGUAUCUCUUUUAAUAAGUAUGUAUGUAUGUAUGCUGGAUGUACGCAGUGAAUUAUUAAAUAAGUAGCCGGAAAAGCCA